CAAUUUCCAUAUUAAUAGCUGUAUUCAUUAGGAUAUAUUACUGUUGAUAAUUGGAAACUGGAUUUAACUUUAAGAAGACCAGAAGACUUCUUGCAGUCUGAUAACAGUUGGAUAUAAAUUUUGGAUUUAGGAUCGAAUGAAACCAAUAUUUUACUUUCGUUUCUUUGUCAACUUUUUCACUGUACAUCAUGAACUUUCCAUCGGAGUUACUAGAGUUUAAGAACCUUCAAGACAAUGCGUUGCUUGUGAAAUAUAUUUUAUCAAGAGCUGCUAUUGUUGGAAGUGUGUACGCAUUUUCAGGCGACGUGGUUGUGCCCUAGCGCGUUUCACUAGCCAAAAGACUUGAAAGACAAUCAAUUAAUAAACUAUAAUUGUGACCUCAAUACAUUUGUCUAUAUCGAUAUCACUAUUCUUUUUAUCUUGGAUAAUAAGCAAAAACAUCAGAAAACGCUACAAUCAUGGAUAGCAUACUGGCAAGUCCACUCGUCAAGUCUUUUCUUGCGGGCAGCCUCAGUGGAACAUGUUCCACAUUGUUGUUUCAACCCCUGGAUCUUGUGAAGACAAGACUGCAAUCUGCCGCUGUUGCAUCCAGCUUGGCUGGAUCUCAGAAACUCGGCAUGAUGCAAACGAUGAAUUGCAUCGUUAGAAAUGAUAGAGUUAUUGGUUUAUGGAAGGGAUUCCAGCCAUCAAUCUAUCGAUGUGUACCAGGUGUGGGGAUGUAUUUCAGUUCUCUACAUGCUCUCAAAAGUCACUUUUUUAGAGAUGCAAGCCCAACUGCGUACCAGUCAUUGCUACUAGGUGCAACUGCUCGCACCAUAACAGCUACAAUACUUAUACCAUUCACAGUGGUAAAAACACGCAUUGAGAGCGGAAAUUUUAAAUAUACAGGCGUUGGGAAUGCUCUGCAUAGCAUCUACACACUCGAAGGUCGCCACGGAUUAGUUUCGGGGUUAUCUGCAACUCUUAUAAGAGAUGCACCAUUCUCCGGCUUGUAUCUUAUGUUCUACAACAAAGGAAAGUCAAUAAUGGCUGAAAAUGGAAAUGGCAGCUGCACGAUGCAUUUUAUCUGCGGCAUAGGUGCAGGAGUCUGUGCGUCUGUACUGACUCAGCCUGCUGAUGUAAUAAAAACUCAGAUGCAAGUUAGUGAAAACAAAAAUUCACUCAAAAGAACUGUAAUAAAAGUAUACAAUGUUGAAGGUUUGAGAGGAUUUUUCCGCGGACUCACACCGAGGGUGCUGAGGAGGACGCUGAUAGCAGCAAUGGCAUGGACUGUUUAUGAAGAGAUCAUGAGAUGCCUACAUUUGAAGACCUGAUGGGUUUUGGGAUUUGUGUAUGCUACGUUAUUAUGUAUAUAAAUUUUUUCAUUAUAUUUGCAUUUUCAUUUGCUCUUACUCUUUGGGUGAAAUGGUAUUAACUUGUUUCUUUUAUAUUUUGCAUUUGAUUUUCACUUAUGUUUCCUACAAGUUUAUAUAUGAUUCCCAAAUAUUUUUAGUGCAAUAGCCCAGGGAUUGGUUUUGAGUUCGUAAUCUCUUUGUGUGAGAAGUUAUAGAAAAGUUUAGUGGUCAACUUGAGCCUUUUUGUUCGUGUUUAUGCAUAGUACCCAUGAGAAACUGAAUUGGUUGCUUAUCGAUAAUUUUGUUUCUUUAAAGUCUGGCAUUCUUAGUUCCUUACUACAUGUAUGUUUUUUGGUAGAGAGCACAAAUUGAUGGGGCUGACUCUCCUUUUUUCUUUCUGUAUCACAUUUGCAAAGGAAGGACAUAAUACUACUUUUAUAAAAACCGAUGCUGUUAAUUUUGUUCUUGUUUGUUAUCUCUGAUCUUUUUAUUACAUAUUUUGCAAAGCUGUUAAUUUAAUAGAUAAGUAACAUAUUAAACACUCAGACCCGCUUCUGGAUUUGGAUUAAUCAGUUCAAACCAAUUAUCUCAUCUCAUCUAGAUUUUCAAAUCCCGUUUAACUGCUAGUUUAUUAUUAUUAUUAUUAUUGUUCAUUAUAUGUACUUGAAGAUGUACUGAUAUCUGCAACAUGCAGAUAUUUCAAUACAUCAAAAUCUGUUAAUAAUGUAUGCACAUACGGACUUCUAUCUCUUUGACCUCAAUUUUCUCCAAAUUAAAGUAGGGUCAAAAUUUUCAUAUCUCAAAAUAUUUCCAAAAAAGUACUGGUGCUCUGAUUUGACUUUCUGAUAACAUAUCAAGAUUUGUAUAUAUUUAGAGAUGUUUUGAUGACAAUUUCAUCAAGAUUUCCAUAUAUAGAUGUGUUUCGGUACAUCUAUGAAUGUGGAACUCUGAGUGGUGUGUGCGCCAUGACUCUACAGCCUGCCACAGUGGCAACAUUGCCUAAAAAGCUUGGUUUUCUUUUAUAUUCUUCCCAGCGUGGUAUUUUUUUAGAUAGCUCUUUACAAUGUAGCCUAAUCAAUUAAGUCAUUGACUUGUGUUAACCGAAAACUAGUAAACUGUUUGUUCAAAUAUAGAUUUGACUCAAAGUGUUUUUGCUGAAUUCCUUUACAAAACUGCUCUGAAAUACCAUAUUUUGUUGCUGGAACUUUUUCGGUCACUUAGUUUCUGCAAGUUCACCAUUUUGCAUCCUUUCCACCCAAAUAUUAAUGUAUUACUAAUAGAGAGAGAGAGUAAGCAACUAUAAUGACAUGCUAAGAUCUAUAUGUGGGUGCACUGCUUUGGUGAUAUCUUUUGAUUACAUCAUUAUUGUUAUUCAUUUUUGCCUUCGUGCCCAUUUGCUCUAUUUGAAGCAAAGGAAAGAUUUCUUGUAAAACUUGUAUUGUUUGAAAUUACUCUUGAUGAUGGGACUUAG